AUGCCGCGUCCCGCAAGGCGCCCCUCGGGGGGGCCGCCCCGUGCCCGGCCCUGCCCGUCCCGCCGUGGAGCCGCCUCCGCCGGGCUCUCUCCGUACUGGCUGUGGCGCCGCUGGAAGUGCCGCUCGCUCUGGCGCUGGCGGAGCAGCGCGGUCUUUUGGCUCCGCCUGGCGCGGGCUCUGGCCCGUCCCCGGCCGAGGCCCCGGCCCCGAACGAAGCCCCUGCCGCGGUUCCGCCCGCAGCCGCCCCGCUGCCGCCCCGCGCCCGCCCCGUCGCCAACAGCGUCGCCGGCGGCUUCCCCGCUCCGAGCUCCGCCGCUCGUCAGCUCGGCCGCCGGCCCCGAGCCGCCGCAGCCCGGGGCGGCUCGGCAAGCAGCAGCGCGCCGAGCGCUCGGCUUGGCGGGGCAGAAGAGCGGGAGCGCGGUGCCGCCCGCACGGGCGGAGAAGCCUCCCCUGGAGCAGCUCUACCGCGAGGGCCCGCUGCUGGGGAGCGGCGGCUGCGGCAGCGUUUACUCCGGGACCCGGCUCGCCGACGGCGCCCCGGUGGCCAUCAAGCGAGUGUGCCGCGAUCGCAUCCCGGAGUGGGCGCGGCUGCACAACGGCGCCCUGGUGCCCCUGGAGCUGGCGCUGCUGUGGAUGGUGUCGUGCCCCGGCUUCCGCGGCAUCGUGCGGCUCCUGGACUGGUUCGAGCUGCCCGACGGCUUCGCGCUGGUCAUGGAGCGUCCGCAACGCUGUCAGGACCUCUGGGACUUCCUGCACGAGCGGCGGUUCCUGACGGAGCCCGUGGCGCGGGGGCUGUUCCGCCAGGUGCUGGAGGCCGUGCGGCACUGCACCAGCCGCGGCGUCCUGCACCGCGACAUCAAGGCCGAGAACGUCCUCGUCGACCUGGCCACGGGCGAGGCGAAGCUCAUCGACUUCGGCUGCGGCACGAUCCUCCAGGACACGUUCUACACCCGGAUGUCAGGAACGCCGGAGUACAGCCCACCGGAGUGGAUCCUCUUUGGCUGCUACCAUGGCCAGCCAGCCACCAUCUGGUCCCUGGGCAUCCUGCUCUAUCACCUGGUCUGCGGGCACCUUCCAUUCCACACAAAUGCGGACAUCGUCCGGGGCCAGCUCUUCUUCCCGCCCCGGGUG